UCAUAGUACGUAGCUCUCAGAGAGUAGUUCUGUAGCUCGCAUCACCAGCUUAUCUUGAGGGGCAUGUGGAUAUAAGGCGAUAACGGAAGCCUGGGUGCACUGUAUGUUAUCACUCUUGGUGGAGGCGUGUUCACGGUAUCCCUGACUGUAUUUGUUUAAUUGGUCUGACCUUUACGGCAAGAUAUUAACUGUGUAACGGUUCCGUUCAUUUGCGUCUGAAACUUUGAAGAUUCAACAUGGCACUUUACAGUAUCAAGAACAACCUGCAGCUGGCGACCCUGAAGACCCUCUCCCUGGUGUCCAUCAGCGUCAUGUCCCCUCAGCAGAGCGUUCAGGAGCUGUUCCGUACUGCUGACUGCGUCUGCUUCGACGUCGACUCCACUGUCAUCAGGGAUGAAGGCAUAGAUGAGCUGGCGAGGUUCUGCGGAAAAGGCGAAGAAGUUAAGAGACUGACAGCCGAGGCUAUGGGUGGCAGCAUGACGUUCCAGGAAGCCCUGAAGAAAAGAUUAGACAUCAUCAGACCGACCGUCAGCCAAAUCAGAGAGUUCAUCGACACAUUCCCUAACCAACUCACACCUGGAGUAUCGCAACUAGUAAAGACGCUGCAGGAGCGUGGCGUGCAGGUUUACCUCGUGUCCGGUGGCUUCAGAUGUCUCAUCGAGCCUGUUGCUGCCCAGCUAAAUAUACCUAAAGGCAACGUCUUCGCCAAUAGACUCAAAUUUUACUUUAAUGGAGAAUACGCAGGCUUCGACGAGAAUGAGCCCACCUCCCGAUCAGGCGGCAAGGGGCUCGUGAUCAGAAGGCUGAAGGAACAGUUCGGCUACCAGAGGGUCGUCAUGAUCGGAGAUGGCGCCACUGACGCGGAGGCCAGCCCGCCCGCCGACGGAUUCAUUGGUUUUGGCGGCAAUGUCCUAAGAGAGGAGGUCAGAAAGAGGGCGUCCUGGUACGUCACAGACUUCCAAGAACUCAUCACCUCCCUCACGCUGCAAACGAAGUGAACACUCCAAAUAUAGGCUAAUUUGCGCAAUGAAAAUUGUAUCUUGAUUCUUCGGACUAGAGGCCUUUUUAGAAUGACAUUUUUAGAUUCAAGUUCUCAGUAAGUAAUAUCGUACUGAACCAGUAUUAAGCCCGCUCCACACUCGUGCGCGAAGCCGCGAACGCGAGUGUGGAGUCGAGAUCGCGGAUCAGCGAAAUCGACUCCACACUCGCGUUUGCGGCUUCGCGCCGCGAUUUGCUCACGAGUGUGGAGGGGGCUUUAGGUAUGUAAAUUAUAGAAACAUAUAGGACUAUAGUAGACGCAAACCAAACUGAACGGGGUCGUUAAACUUCUCAGUCACACUCGCGUGGUCGUAGGUAGAGUGAGAGAGAUAGUAAUAUGACCCCGGUCGUCAAUUUGAUUUGCGUCUACUAUAGUUAUUUUUCUUUACUUUUUAUUUUGACACUUAUUUGUUACGUUUGGAUAAAAUACGUAGGCAUAUGGUCUAAAAGUCUGAGGGCCUACCGCGAACCGCGUUCGACGUGUUGCCUCUCUGUCGCACUUGCAAAUUCGUAAGUAAGUGUGACAGGGAGGCAACACGUCGAACGUGUUUUGCGGUAGGACCUCUGGUAUUUAUUGGUUGAGUAUGACAUUACUGUUUCAGUAUUGACUCACAGCAUUUUGGUAGCUCGGCCUCUGUAAAUAAGAGCUGAUUUCGAUUGUGCAUUUAUUGUUGACGUAAUUAAAAAAAUGUGAUGGUACUUUGAGUACAAAGAGUUGAAUGCUUUACUUAUAGAUCAAUAUUUACGGGACUUAGUCUCGUUAGCUGUUUUGUACAGAUAUUAUAAUUAAAUUAAAUUAAUACUUUUGUAAAUAAUUAUUUAGGAUAAAUUAAUGGUGCUUCCAUAAAAGUAUCAGAUAUUAUAACGUUAUUAAUUAGAAUUAUAUUUAUAAUUUUGUAUAUCCAUAACUAUUUUUAAUAGGUUAAUAAUUUAGUACUUUUUCUUUCAAGGAGAAGUGUUUUGAUGUUUAUACCUUAACAUUGUAGGUUAUAUUGAAGUGACUUAUUUAUUUACUCACAUUUUAACAUGGUUGCCUGCUGCAGAUAUGCAGUUAGUUAUAUAAAAAAAUGACUACCUAUAACGUAUACGACGUCUUAUGGAUAAUGGCAAAAUAUGGCUGUGUACUUCAAAUGUAAGCAAUUAAAAGAUGUUAAGUUUA